AUUCCUCAGUGCGCAUUCAGCUGUUGUUUUGACUGGGCUACUGCCGAUAAUUCUACAAAAUGGCAAAUCCCGAGCUGAACGAUCUUGAAGGAAAUGGGAAAAAGAGAGUCAACGCCAAGAGGAUGUACUUUGCCAUUUUCCUCAUUUUGUUCUUAACCAUACCAAUGGGUUACUACAUUUGGAUGAGAAGUCACCGAAAUGAUCUGUGCAUAAUCGAGCGCGAUGAGUGGGGAGCUGAGGAACCCAUUGCAAAGGACUUUCUUAAUCUGCCAGCCCAAAACGUUAUUAUUUAUCACACAGCCACCGAGCAGUGCGAAACAAAGGAUGUUUGCAUACACCGCAUGCAGAUGGUUCAGGAUUUCCACAUGAGAGACCGGGAAUGGCAUGACAUAGGCCUGAAUUUCCUGGUGGGCGGCGAUGGAGAGAUCUAUGAGGGACGUGGCUGGGAUGUACGGGCUCAACCACUGAGAGGCUAUGAGUCUGUAUCCAUAAGCAUUGCCUUUAUUGGAACUUUCUCAAAUGUGGAGCCUGAAGAACGACAAGUUAAGGCAGCCAAGCGAUUGAUGGAGGACGGAGUUCGUCGAAAGAAGUUGCGUCAGGAUUAUCACAUAUAUGGCCAGCGUCAGUUUGAGCCCACUGAAAGUCCUGGCCAAAAACUAUAUGAUUUGAUGAAGCUGUGGCCCCGUUGGUCAACUAUUAUCAGGCACUUAGACUAAUACGACUGCUUUAAAAAAUGAAAUCAAAAGAAAAACGAUUUGUCCAUGUGUCAUAAUUUUUCAAAGUUUAUCCGCUAUUAAAGAAAGAACAAUUAGUAGCAAAGUAAAA